AUUAAAUCCUCCAGUGUGACGCUGCUUGCAUUGGCAGUGAAGGGAAGAUGGCGGCUGGACCCGGAGCGGCCAGUAGUGGUCACAGCGGUGGCCGCGGCUCGUCUGCCGCUUUGGAGUCAUCGCUGGACCGGCGAUUUCAAGGAGUCACCAAUACGAUGGAGUCCAUCCAGGGAUUGUCGUCGUGGUGCAUCGAGAAUAAGAAACAUCACAGCCUCAUCGUGCGCUGCUGGAUGAAGUGGCUGAAGAAAUCGGAUGCCAAUCACAGACUAAAUCUCUUCUACCUUGCUAAUGAUGUCAUUCAGAACUGCAAAAGGAAAAACGCUAUUAUUUACCGAACCGCCUUUGCUGACGUGCUGCCAGACGCCGCCCUGCUGGUCAAGGACGCUAAAGUGUGUAAGUCAGUGGACAGGAUCUUCAGUAUUUGGCAGGAGAGGAACGUUUAUCCUGAGGAGCUGAUCUCUGAGCUGAAAGCCAAUCUGCAGAAGAGAGAGAAAGAGAAGGAAAAGGAAAAGGAGAAAGUGAAAGAGCAACCUCCUCCUCCUGCCCCAGUCAACCCCAAAACUGCUCUGAAGUCUAAAAUUGUUGCAGAGUUUGUACCGCAUGAUUUUGUAGACCGGCUAAUGUCAUACAAGCACUCUCUGGACGAGAGUGAUUUGAGAGAGAAGCAGCUAGCUGCUCUCAGAGUGGACGUCUGUAGCACUGAGGCCCUCAAGAGGUUAAAAGAUAAAGCAGGAGGGAAUAAGUUCUCAAAGGACUUUGAGGAGGGAAGUACAAAGUUGCAGGAAUUUGUGACGUUCCUGGAGGGCCAGAUGAAGGCAGGACCCCCGCUGCUGGAGGCGCUGGGAAACGCAGACAUUUUUUACGAGAUGCAGUACAAAGAGGUCAAAAUUGUUGCCAAUGCUUAUAAAGCUUUCGCAAAUCGCGUGUGUAGCCUGAAGCGUAAGCUGGAUGCUCUGAAGGCCACACUGCCAAGUCUGGAUGAUUCUCCUAUCCCAUCCCCCUCUGAGGAUGCCCCAUCCCCCACUGGCUCAGAGUCACCCUUCCAUGGCAUGAGUUCCAGGAAGAACACAGGCACUGGGGAUGGAAACGGGGGGAAAGGAUUGGAGCAACAGAAGGACAACAGAGAUAUUGAGGACAUGGAUAUGUCUGAGGAAGAGGAAACGACAGCAAACGCUGGAAUUGUUGUUGAUGAGAGGAAAGAAAAGUCAAGUCUUCCAUCUGUGUCCAAGAUGACAAAUGCCUCAGCAACAAAAAGCUCCCAGAUCACUGCUUCUAAACCAUCCCAGAUUUUAGCAACUCCCACAAAAACGGAGUCUGGGUCAUCAACCAAUCAAACACCUCCUGCAAACACCUCACCCAUGACCACCACACCUGUACCAGCCCCUGUCGUUAGCCCCUCCCCCCUGCCAGUGAACUUGGCCAAUGUGGAUCUGGGCAAGAUCAGCUCCAUUCUGAGCUCUCUCUCUAAUGCAAUGAAAACCACUGGUGUCAGUCCUGUGUCCCGUCCUUCCCCUGGCACACCUACCACACCAUCCAACCACGCCUCCUCCAAAGCCCCUCCUUUAACCCCUGGCAGCAUUCCCUCGUCCAAUCCUCUGGCCAACAUCCUGUCCAAAGUGGAUUUCUCCCCCGAGAGCAUCCUGAAUGUUCUCACCAAAACACAGACUCACAGCCCCAACCUGCAGGGUUUGUCAUCUCUCCUUUCAUCAGCUCGUUCAGGCUCUCUCACAACACCAGACCCUGGUCCAUCUUCAUCUGCCUCUACAUCCUCUUCAGCCAUCACCAAAGCUACAGCGACCUCCAACACAACCACCCCAACAACACCGAAGCCCCUAAAGCCUACAGGCAACAGUUUCAAGCAAGAGUCUGAGCAAGAGAAAGGGAAAGAGUGGGAGAAGGUGAAGGAGAGGGAAAGAGAGAAAGAAAGGGAACGAGAAAAGAAAGAGAGAGAGGCAGAAAGUGAGAGCGAGGCUGUGGCAGUGCCCAGCUUGGAGUCUAAGAUCAACAGUUUCCUUCAGGGGAAUCCUGGUUUCAGCGCUCUCGGACUUGGUCUGGAUGACGUGGGCAGCAAUAGCCCUCUUCUAGUUGGUGGGGACAACCUGGACGGCACCCCUGUCCGAGAUGAAAGCGGUAGCACGCCCACUCAAGACGAAAUCAUGGACUCACCCCAUGUCCUCAAUGACCCCCAGAGUGCAGGUCUGUCUGGAGGGCAUAACCUUUCACCUACAGCCUAUCACAGUGACCCCUGGGAUGCCGUGAUCACUCCACGAGAGGCUCUGGGAGAAAAUGAGCGGAAAGAUAGGGAUUACCGCACCCCACCACCCUCAAGACUUUCUGCCUUUAGCCCAAGUUCGACUAAAUCGGUCAAGGCUGUUACCAAAACCAAUGAUGAAGAAGGGCUGAAGAGAAAAGGAGUGGGUUUGAAUGUUCCAUCAGCGGCCAUGCUGCAGGAUCAAAGAAUCAAAUCAAAGAUGGACGGAGAGGGAGGGAAAAGUACAGCCUCCCGCAAGUCAAGUGGAGGAUCUGAAGAUGGGAUGAAAGACAAGGAAAGGAAAGCUUCAGCUGACAAUGGAGACCACUACCAUCGCAUUGAGACUCUUGUUUCUUCAUCCUCCAAUGAUGGAGUGGCAAUUGAAACCCUCGAUUACGGCAACCGCAUUCAGACGGUGGAAAGCAUCCGCUUGGUUGGAAGAGGCCCAAGAAGAGGAAGCAGUGCUGGUUCUAGAGUGGGUGGGGCCUGGUAUGAAGAGGAGGAGUUUAUGGAAGCCCCGCCUCCACAUCGUCCUCGUAGUCACAGCCAUGAGAAUUCUGAAGAAUUGGGAUUGGUCUCUUCUCUUCCUCCUCCUCUUCCUGCUCAUCCUCCGCCCCCUUUGCAGUACCCACCUCCACCCUACGCAAACGAGGACCAUACACGACCUUCUCAUGGCAUUCCUCAGCAACAUCCUCCCCCUCCUUUUUUUCCCUCUUCUAUUCCUCGUGUCCCACCACCACUUCCACCCAUACCUCAAACCCCACCCCCUCCUAGAGACCUCCUUUCCCCAACCUCCUCUGUUAUGGUUGGUGGUGUCCUUGUACACAUAGACCGAGUCCUACCCUACCCACCUGUUAACCUUCGUCCCGAUGGAACGGGACUUGGAGGUAGCGGUGGUAGUGCCCCUCCAAGAGGCGGCAAACCCCAACUCCCUUCCUUGUUAGGUGAACCCCCACGGCCAGGCACGGUGAAAGAGCAGUUUGCCUUGCGCCACGCCCCACCUCUUCAUCGCCCUGGCACCCCUGGAGUUCCCCCACCCCUCCUGGGCAGAAUUCGAGAGGGUCCCAGUCCCACACCAUCAUCACCCUCUACCCCAACCACACCUACACCUACAUCCCCAGCAGGUGAACCUCGUCCUCAUUUGUCCAUCCCCAACCGCCUACCCUUCAACACCCCAAAUAAGAGAGCCCGCCGCCCUUCCUCCCCUCUGCCCCUCCUCCACUUACCAAACCAGCAUCACGCACUCCGUUCUCCACAGUUUCCCAGAGGUUCCCUGCCCCUAACGCCCCCCUCCCUUAACCGUGAGCCCCUCCUGCCUGGGACAAAACGUUCCGCUGCCAAUUUUGGCAGUGGGCCUUUCAACCCACCCAAAAGACCAUUCUUGCCCCCUCGAUAUUAGCAUCUUAGAAUGAGUGCUAAAG